AUGCCACCAGAAGCACCUCGCACAAGCGGCAUCCUAGCCGACCACACCAGCGACGACGAUGACGUUGACCCCGAGAGCGCACCUCUCCUCGCCACCUCCCCCCGCAAACCCACGCCUCUCCCCCUCCGCCCGAUCCUCAUCCUCACCACGAUGCGUCUCGCCGAACCCAUCAACUUCACCAUCAUCUUCCCCUUCGUCAACGACCUCGUCUCCACGCUUCUCCCUUCCGUUCCCGCUUCUUCGAUCGGCUUCUACUCCGGUCUCAUCGAAUCGCUCUUCUCCCUCUCCCAGACCCUCACCAUUCUCUUCUGGGGUCGACUAUCGGAUCGGAUCGGACGCAAACCUGUGCUUCUCACCGGUCUUGCCGGGGUAGCUGUUUCCGCGAUCCUGUUUGGGUUCGGUCAGAGCUUCGCCUGGGUGGUGGCGGCGAGGGCGAUGGCAGGGGCGACGAAUGGAAACGUGGCGAUCGUGAAGAGCGUCAUGGCCGAGCUGACGGAUGAGAGCAAUCAGGCGAGGGCGUUCGGGUUGCUGCCGUUGACGUGGACGGUAGGGUGUUUGGUGGGGCCGUUGUUGGGAGGGUUUUUGAGUAGACCAGCGGAAAAGUAUCCGGGGUGGUUUGGAGGGGAAGGGUGGGUGGGGUGGGGUGGGGUUUGGGAGAGAUAUCCGUUCUUGCUGCCGUGUGUCGUAUCGAGUGCGAUCACGUUGGGGAGUAUCGGGUUGGGGGUGGUGGCGUUGGAGGAGACGUUGCCGGCGAUCGUGGAGAGGAAGAAAUGGGAGAAAGAGCAGAAGGAGCAGCGGAGACAACGGCAAGGGGGAGACGUGGUUGGUGAUGACGCUCAUCAGGGGUACGGAUCGACGAACCAAACCCACUCGGCACCACCCUCAAGUUCUCCACCUGACGAUGCAGCGACUUGCGAGCCUCAUCCGACAGCCAGCAUCCGCGAGCUGCUCGUCAUCCCUCAAAUCCAAAAAGUCAUGAUCUCCUACUCCUUCCUCGCCUUGAUCGCCGUCGCACUCGACGCUGUCUUCGUCCUCUUCCUCUACGAACCCAUCUCCCUCGGCGGCGUCGGUUUCACCUCUUCCUCCACCGGUCUCCUGCUCAGCGUCAACGGUCUCGGCGGAGCUCUCGUCCAACUCUUCCUCUUCCCACCUCUCCAACAGCACUACGGAACGCUUCGCGUAUAUCAGAUAUCCAUGAUGGCUUUCCCCAUCUCGGUCAUCCUCCUUCCCCUCGCAAACGGGAUCGCACGUCUCGGUGCAUCUUCGUCCGAGUCUUCUGAUUGGUACACGUAUGCGGUGUGGACAUGUCUGCUGGUCAGUACGGCGAUCAAGACCAUCGGAGGUAUGGCUUUUGCGUCAAACAUGAUCCUCGUCAAUCAGUGUUCCACUUUGACAAGAGGGACGGCGUUGGGCACGUUGAACAGUCUGGCUCAGAUGGCGAGCAGCGUGAGUAGGACCGCAGGUCCGUACUUUGCAAACACGCUGUUCGCUUUCAGCGUCACGAGGAACCUCUUGGGUGGCCAGUUGGUGUGGCUCGUACUCGGAGUGAUAGGGCUCGUGGGACCAGUGGUGACACUGUUGAUAGAGAACCUAGAGAGGCCGACAAGAGGGGCACGAUCGAGACGAUAG